AGAGAGCAGCACAUGAUUUUGAUUAUACUGGAAAGCAUUUCACCAGAGGCAAUGACGUUCCUGUUGUUUCACUUUCAUUUCUGUUGAAAACAGAACAAGUAAAGAUAUCUCGGGUGCACCUUCGUGACAGUUAGGCGAACAGCACAGGAGUCCAUCUCUGCCGCAAUGUAUAAGGCCAGUAUUCCCAGCUACACGACCAGAAUGCUCUGUUCCAACAAGGGAGCCUUGGUCUAUGGACACCUUUACAAGAGUGUCCGCGAAAAGUACAACAUUUCUAACCAGCUCUUCUGCGAGCUCUUGAAGAACGGCAGCAGGUUUGUUAUAGUUCAGGGUAGCGAGGAUAAGAUCUCUGGGCGUGGGGUCAGCCCCGACAGCAAAGUAAUUGCUAAAACCUCCGUGCGGCUGUGCAAGGAUUACCCCAAAGACUGUGGUGACUGCGAGGGGCUUCAUCUCUGCAAAUAUUUUGUUUAUGGGAACUGCAGAUUUAACGCAGGAAGCAAGUGCCGUUUUUCACAUGACCUUCGUUCAAUCCACAACAUUCCGGUGCUGAGAGCCAAUCAGCUUCAGGACCUGGAGGAUGAUGAGCUCUGCCAGCUUCUGCUUCAGAACGACCCCUCCCUCCUACCUGAGGUGUGUAUUCAUUACAAUAAGGGGUUUGGGAAGUUUGGAGCCUGUACCCAUGAAACAAAAUGCACCAAACUCCACAUCUGCCAGCACUUCAUGCAGGGUGACUGCAGGUUCGGGUCCCAGUGCAAGCGAUCCCACAAGUUUGAUGGAAUCUCCUGGCAAAUACUGAAGAGCCGCGGGCUGGCGCCAGACCUGAUUCGCAAUCUCCCAGACAUCUAUCAGAAUAUUUACAGCAUUAGGAACAGCAGCACUGGAGAGAGCCAGGAAGCACACGUCCGUACCAGGGAGCCGUCCGUCUGCUCAAACAGCGAUGCUGAACAUGAAGAAAUCUGCCUGUUUUACAUCAGGAAGCAUUGUGGUUUCAAAGACAAGUGUCUCAAAGUUCAUUACCAUCUGCCCUACAAGUGGGAGGUGCUGAAUGGAUCAGCCUGGACAGACCUCCCAGACAUGGAGGAGAUUGAAAAGGCUUUCUGUAACCCAGCAAACACAACCAGCGGUGGAUCUCCGGUGGUAGAUUUCCUGACCAUGCGGCGCGGAUCAGCGAGUGUGCGCCGGCUCUCCACUGCCUCCUCCGUCACCAAACCUCCUCACUUCAUCCUGACCACAGACUGGGCCUGGUACUGGCAGGAUGAGCACCGCAAGUGGGUGGAAUACGGCAAACAAGUUGAAACCUCCCCCUCUUCUUCUGAAGAUGUACUGCCCACAUGCACAAACUUUACCGCUACAGGCUUCUCCCUGCUGUCACAGCUAAGUCUCCACACUCAGGCUAGCAAGCACCGCGCAUCCUCGGUCACGUCAGAGGCCCUGGAGAAGGCGUUCCUCGCGGAUCCGGACAGCAGUGUCCCCUUCAGCGUGGGUCAACAGCAGUACAGCCUCAGCUUCAAAGACAUGCGGCAGCAGAACAGUGUGUAUCAAACCCAGAGAGCAGUUCGGAGGAGACCCAGGUUCAUUUCUGCCCGAGACGUGGAGAGCAAGAUAAAGAGUAAGAGUGACUCAGUGAGGAACUCCACCUCCCAAUCUGUGCCGAGUCACUGGUUACAGUCUGCUGUCCCUGACUUUGGAUACAAGCUAGUUCUGCUGUCCUCCUCCUCAGAGGAAUUCAAACAAGUUCAAGAUCUCUUCCAGAGGACACUGCCCAAAUCCACCAUUCAGAAGAUUGAACGCAUCCAAAACCUAGGGCUGUGGGAGGUGUUCCAGUGGCAGAAGGAACAGAUGAAGAAGAAGACUGGAGGGAAGGUUGUGGACGAGCGCACAUUAUUUCAUGGCACUGAAAAAGCCCUCCUAGAGGCCAUCUGUCAGCAGAACUUCGACUGGAGGAUGUGUGGCGUUCACGGCACAGCUUAUGGGAAAGGCAGCUACUUCGCAAGAGAUGCCUCGUAUUCCCACAACUAUGCCAAAACCAAAGACGGGCAGCACAUUAUGUUCGCUGCGAAGGUGCUGGUCGGAGAGUUCACCAGGGGAAAUAGCAGCUUCAAGCGUCCCCCUUCCAAGGACGCUCGGAGCACAGGUCUGUACGACAGCUGCGUGGACAACACAGACAACCCCUCCAUCUUCGUGAUCUUCGAGAAGCACCAGAUUUACCCUGAAUACGUGAUCGAGUACAGCAAUAGACGAAACUAACUGAAUGAAUGCUAACACACGGGACUCUUAUAUUGAAGCAGGUGCAAAAGCAAAGAUGCAUUUUCAGGCAGGAAUACAUUCCAGGUAUAACACCUGCAAGAAACUACUCAGUUAAACUGCUUCUUAUAGCAAGUUGUUUUCUACUGUAUUAGAAAACGAUUCAGUAGCAUCAGCCAAUUAGCUUCUGGCUCUAGCGAGGUUCUAACAGGCAGGAGAUGCACGCUGUGACGUCAGCGCAUCAGCUGGGAUUUUGUUUCAUUUCCACAUUCCUGCUUCGUAAGCCUGACAGUGUCUGCUGGAAACUCAAAUAUUUCUUGUUAAACACACAUCAGCAUAAGUUAGCACCUGAUUGGCUGCUGCUGGCCUAAAAGCUGCACUACUAUAUGCUACUGUAAUUGUCAUUUAGCAAAAUUACGAAUUACAAUUCUAAUUGACCCCAGGUCUGGUUCAUUGCAUUGACAUUGUCUACAUAACUUAAAGCAGCCAUAACAUUUAAAAAAAGGUUUUGCACUUGCUUCAAAAUUGGGUCUACAGUCCUACACUGAAAGAAAUCUAAUAGCAGGGGAAGCUUGUAUGUUUUAAACUGUGCGUCUCAUAAACUGCUCCAGAAAUAGACACUUUUACUGUACCCGAAUAGAUGAUUAUAAUAUUAGGCAUUCCUAAAACCUUCCAUAUAGUUUUUGCAGAGAACAAAAUAAUUCCAUAAAUCUCAGCUAAUAUGCACUUCUAUUAGCAACAUACAUCUCAAAUGUGCAGUUUUGAAAGAGACACAUGUUAGAGCACACAAGUGCUCUCAUUUUAAAACUUGAUGUCUGGUACUACUUUAGGUUAAAGGAAGCUCUCAGUUUCUAUGCCUCAUUCUUCGGUAUCUGUUUUGCAAGACCUAUGGACAAUGGAACAGAGCAGGAUCAGUUUUCUCAUCAGGUCAACAUAUGAUGUUCUCCCAUCACCACAGAACCUAAACCUCUGGGCAGGAGAGGAUCCCUCAUGUCCUUUGUGUUCAUCACCUGCAACAUUAAGGCACAUUUUGACAGGAUGUAAGGUGGCUCUUAGCCAAGGACGGUUUACUUGGCGCCAUGACCAGGUGCUGCGAUGUUUGGCCUUAGCAUUGGAAGACAAGCGUAACAUGACCAAUAAGUUGCCACCAGUUCCAUCAAAACAUUACACACAAAAGACAACAUUCUUCCGCCCAGGAGAGCAACCGCCAAGAAAAGGUGUUAAAACCAAUCCUCGCCCAGGACAACUGGAAGCUAUAGAGACUGGAAAAUACUGGCAGAUGUUGGUCAACGGCUUAUUUUUCCACCUGAGAUUGCCACCACUAACCUUCGACCAGAUAUUGUCUUGUGGUCUGGAUAAGCACGCCUUGUUCACCUGGUAGAGUUAAGUGCCGUGGGGGGGGGUGUGUGCUGUAGAUGAGGCUUAUGAGAGGAAGAAACUGCGGUAUGCUCAACUAGCCGCUGAAGCGGAACAGCGAGGAUGGAGAGUCCGGGUUUAGCCAGUGGAGGUGGGUUGUCGAGGAUUUGUGUCACAUUCUACAACCCGGUUUCUCAAAGACGUCGGAUUCAGUGGCCAAGACUUGCAUCGCACAGUGAAGAACUUAUCUGAAGCAGAGAGGAGCAGCAACUGGCUGUGGUUGAGAUGGAAAGAUUCUGGUUGGGGAUCUCAAGCACAAUAGAAAGAAAGAAACGCUGAUGUACAGGUAAGUAAGCUGGGCUGAAUUGAGUGGGGGACGGAGGGGGGUGAUGCUGGGUUGCCAGAAUCACCGUCGAGCCCUCUUGAGGUGUUGUGUGCUAGUCAACAAAACACAGAGGAAAGUGCCCACUUGAAGACCCCAGAGAAGUACCCUACUUAGCUCAAUCCAGACGGUUGUCAUGCUGAUGCGCUGGGGAGACCGUACAGUGGUUGAUCCCCGGAGCCAGCAUCGCAGCUGUUGUGUGUGCUGAUGCGCUGGGGAGGCAAAAUAAGCUGAUCCCUGGAGCCAGCAUUACACUUCAGCCAUCAACACCAGGCAGAAGGAUAUCUACAUCAUCAGAUGGAAGGAAACGCAAAUGGAUGGAGAUGCAGAUGGAUCACAUUAGUUUACUGUAAAGCUAUGUCUUAGUUGGUGCUUAUCUUGGCGAGAGCCGAGUUCAAAUCAGCAUGAAGUUUUAACAUCUACUCUCAUAUAAUGGAAAUCAUUUGCACUUGCACUUCCUGGGCCAUGUCAUCUGGGUCAAAGCAUGUGAGUCAGUGGGGGAGGCAGCUGAUUGGUUAAUGACAGGAAAUAAGCCCCUGAAGGGAUGGGGAAAAUUUCACCCUCCAGUUAAAAUGACCCAGGAAGUACAAGACAGUCUAAAAGCAUGGCUUGCAAACAGAGAUUUCUUUAACUUAGUGCAGUACCAGAUAUCAUGUUUUAAAAUUAAAAUAAUGUGUUUCUUUCAAAACUGCACCAUUUCAGACCUAUCUAAUGAACAGAUGCGCAAUUACUUUAACUAUAAGAGAUUUUACAAACACUCUUAAACAGAGAGUGUUCAGUAUCACUGCAUGCUAUUCACAUGUACUGUUUUAACCCAAGCAUCUCCAACACCACACUAGAGGUGUCCUUCUAUGUUACAAAGAUCACAACAAUAACAGGAGUAUGUUUUUAAAUAAUCUUCUAAAGUUCCUUUUAGCACUUUUUAAUGCACUUUUCUAUAUGCACUUUUUUUCUAUUGACUGUUGCAGUGAAGAUAAUGAAUUAUUGAUCCAAUAUUAGAGAAAUUCCACUUCUCACAAAGAUUGCGGGGUCUAAUCCAUUGAUAUGAACAGUGGGGACCUAAAUACAGCCAGGGUUUAAACAUUAGGAACAACCUGUGAUUUUGCUGACUUUUAAAGACAAAAAUACAGAUGUUAGUUUUCCCUUUCUUUUACUGAUAUUCAGCUAGUUUCUCUGUCCCUGAUUUGCACUAAUAUUUUUACUUUUAUAAUUUUUAGAUGUGUCUGGGAAGCUCUUUUUUUUUGUAUCUCGGGCGCUGCCAUUUUAAAAUCUGUUGCCGUUUUUGCACACAGGGUCAUGUUCAUACAGUGUUACUCUUAUAAAAGUGUCCCAUAUCUAAAGCACUGCUUGUAAUAAAGCACAGUGAAAGCAUGGUUUGUAAAGCUCAGAGAGGUAUGGUAAAGAAUAUUAAACGAGAGAAUGGCGAAAUCACUGUGCAAACUUAUCGCAGUGAACUUUUCUACGGGUUGAGAAUAAAGCAUGGUAGAAACUCAAUAUGGUCUAGUUAAUGCCAUGAUCUGGGUUUCUCUGUAAUCUUGUAUAAGAAUAAUACAUAGAACUGCCAACCAGCUUUACAGAUAGCCUGCAUGUGCUUGGUUCUGUGCUGUACAGAUUCUUAAUUGUUUCUAACUUUUAAACAAACAAGCACUUUUUUAACCUUUGUAUUGUAAAAGUCACUGAAACUGAUAAAGAGUCAAUCGGCAUGUCUGUUUUUUUCUUCUUGGGGCAACUCCACAGUGAAUGAGCAGCAGACUGUGGAAUAGGAACUUUAAACAAUACUAUUAAACUCAUUGAAUUUAGAAAAACUAAAAGAACCUUAAGAAAUUCAACGAGAACGUUUCAACUUUUUCAGCAGCUUUUCAUGUUCCAAUUCAGCAAUAACACUAACAGCUGCUUCUCAACAGUGACUUGUUCAGAGACUAUGAAGCAUUUAGAAACACUGGGACAUAUUUUCAAAGUGUUGCCUCCUGUCUUUUAAUUAACUCCUAUUUUAUGGAAGGACAUAAAAACAUGUCAAUAUUACAAAAUGAGUAACAAACCCUGUGAGGAUGCUAAGAGAACGUGGGGUAUAGCACUUAGUCGUUUGGGUCUAGUUUUGUAAAAUGAAUAAACAUUAUGAAAAUAUGUCCCGUUAUUUGUGAAAGGCACUGUACAGAGAGGAUACACGGUGGUUCCAAGUGGGUAACGAGGGAGUGAGGAAAGACAAACUCACAGGGACAAAGUCCAAAUGGAUUAUUUGAGUUACCCACGAAGAACCAUUUCUGUUCAUCCCGUGCAGAAUUAACCCUUUUACUCCUGAGGAAUGAUUACAUUAAACCGUCAUUUUAAUAAUUAGUAAAGAUCCAGCAGUCAGUAGCAAUAUUGCGUAUAAUGUUUAUGUAACUUAUAUUUAUACAAUGCUUGUGGGUGUUCAAAAGCAUAUUUAUUCAUUUAUUUCAUGUUUCAGUGGCCAGCUUGUAACAGUGUUACACCACAGUAACAGCUGUGCCAAGCUUUGAAUUGUAAAACAAAAAAAAACUAAUGAUUUCGAGGAUGGAAAUAAGACUCCUGAAGCAUAGCGGUUGUAUCCAUUCCUGGUUUUAUUAGGAGUCCAAUGAGACACACCUGAGCUUGAUACCAAUGCUUGAUUAAGCUUGCAGUAAAACCUGGAAUGGGUGAAACUACUAUGCAAUAGCAGUCUUAUUUCCAUCCCCGGACUUCAUUAAAUCUGUCAUAAGGAGUAGGUUAAUUGCACACAAGAUGAACAGAAAACACCAUGCUUUUUUUGCGGGCAAUUAAAAAAUAAUCAAAUUGAA